GAAAAUAGUCAACAAAAACGCCCAGCAUCAAACCGCAGCAGUUAGACGUGCACACGAUUAGUUGUCGAACGAGCGGAGAUCCGAAAACAUGUUGCAGUCUGGCAUGAAACUAAAGAUUUUAUUUAUUUUUGCCAUAAACUUGGGCAAUUAUCGCCUGAUUUUAAGUGAAACGGAAAAUUAUGAUUUGCAGCUGGGACGCAUACGGACGGAGGAGGUGCAAUUGGAGCCAUUGGGGAAUAAUCAAUAUGGAUUUGAAAUCUCCUUGCCGGACAGUGAACGCAAAGAGGUAAUUUCUCUGGAACCCAGCUCUGUGGAGGGCGAAUCCCCGGUUGUCACCACCAAGGGAGAGAUCACCACAAAUUUCCUCAAGGAUAACUCAAAUCUGGUGGUUAACUAUGUGGCGGACCAUAAUGGCUAUAGGGCCUCGUAUCGUUUCGGCAAAGGCCUCAACGACGAUUUGGGAAUCACGUUUGGCAUUCGCUUGAAUGCCAGAGAUUUGAAAAGUUUGACUGGCUGAAGUCAUCAAUGGAAUUUGUUUUUUUUUAGUUUUAUUUUUAUUUUUUGUUUUGUAGUCUUCCGCAUAGUUAAGAUAAUUAUCGUUAAGUGCAAUGUGAUUAUAGAUAAGUUUUUUAGAGUGAAAAACAAUUAA